AUGCCAGAGUCCGUCAUCAUUAGAAGCGGUCACAACGAGACCGCAAAUUGCAUCAAACCCACUGAAACUUUCACCGGCGAUGUAUUCCUCGAUCCCAUCCAUUUCGACGCCAACGCAUCCAUCGCAAAUGUUACAUUCACGCCCUGCGCCCGCACACAUUGGCACACGCACGAAAAGGGUCAACUCAUUCGAGUAGUCGCAGGAAACGGAUGGGUUUGCGAUAAAGGUGGAGUGCCACAACGUCUGCGAACCGGUGAUGUCGUCUGGGCUCAGCCAGGUACAACACAUUGGCAUGGUGCAGAUGACAACAGCAUAUUGACGCACUUCGUUGUUGGUAUUGGAAAGACGGAAUGGCAUGAUGCUGUGACUGAAGAGCAAUAUAGCCAGAAGAACUAG